UAGAGAUCUCCGUGCUAUAUUUACCAAAGCCUUGCGCGGGAGAGAUGACAUGUCCAUGCAUGCCUGCAGGCCAAGGCCCUCUCAUCGGAACCUUGGACUCUUCUUGAAACCCUUGAAACGGUCCACACGGAUGCUCCCCUUCUAAACAAGAGCCAUCCGCCUCCACCCGGGAGAUUAGACGAUCAGUGUCUUCCUAACGGCCUAAGAUCCAAGCUUGUACCCUUUCAUCCAUCGAACAAAAACGCGGCACCUUCUCGAACGCUUCCGUUUCGCGUACUUCCGCCUCCCUUUCGUAGCGACAACAGCACGCUUCCCGCCCAACACGGCCCGCAACCUAACAAUUACCGGCAUGAUACUGGCUUCAACACGCGCAUUUGGAUAACAUGGAGACCGACGAGCCUCAACUUUAUCAAUACAGCACUCCUCAGCAGAGUAGCACCUUCAAACGCCCGCGUCGCAGUCUACAGAGCUCCACGCCCUUGAGCAGCGUUACCGAAACCGUGUCGUCGUCACCCCGUCACUCUGGUCAGAGUCUUUUCGCUCAUCAGGUUAUUGAUCACAUCAAUGCCUUGAAACAUCUCGAUGAUCAACAGAUCCUGCUGCUGCUACAGGCGGCGCGCAAUGGAGAUGGUAUGCGCCUUCCAAGCGCCGACAGGUCGUCCAUGUCGACAGUGGGAAGCCGUGCGUCUUCGUAUCUAAGCGUACCGUCAAGCAGAGUUCCCAGCAUGCUCUCCGACCCACGUUCAUCGGUCGCUUCCACGGAUUCGUCGUUCACGCAUUACAGCGCCGCAUCCUCGCGUCUAUCAACCGCGUCCUCUCGUCUCUCGACCAUAUCUACGGCCUCGACACCCGCGCCGAAGAAUUUUGCGUGCACAUUUUGUGACAAGGCCCUCAAGUCAAAGCCCUACUGGAAGUCGCAUGAAGAAGAGUUCCACGAGCAGAGACUCACAUGGCGCUGUCCAGAUUGCGAGCAGAUAUUCCACGCAGGAAAACGCUUUCGUGAGCAUCACACCAAGCUACAUGGCUGUGAGCACUGCAAACAACCCAGGGAGAGCGGACAGCCAACAAGCAGAAAAGCAUCACCAUGCGUCAAGAAAUACGAGAUUGUAAUGCACGACAAAGACGCUUGGGGCUGCGGUUUUUGUGCCUGUCUAUUGACCACCUGGGAAGAGAGAUGCGAGCACAUUGCGUUGCACUUUGAAGAGAAGGGAAGCUCGAAAUGGAACUUUACUAAUGUCGUCCUUGGCUUGUUAAAGCAAGAAGAAGUUUCACAUGCGUGGAACCAGAUGAUGGUACAACGACAUGGAGACGAACCGAACUGGCCAACGCUGGCGUGGGAGUCGAAGAAGUGCAACCGACUGAGAUACAAAUUGGAAACAAAGUGGGACACCAGGGUGUUUGACACCGAGAAGCUGGUGCAGGAUACCUACGACAUGGCGGAGAUCGAAAUUAAGGAUGUCGUUGAGCCAACGACCGAGAGCGCCCCUGACGUUUCCGAGCCUACCGAUUCUGGCCAUGGCGAGAUCGUCGAGUUCAAAUUGGAGACAGCUGACUAUGGGUCUAAUCAACGACUCCAAAGCUCCCAUGGAGUCCCAUCCGACCACACUAUGAUGGACAUAGAUCCAGUGGAGCCCCCUCAACACAUGCACCACCAAACGUUACAACAGUCGCAAUGGCCCGUUAGCACGGACAUUUCCCAAAACAACAUGAAUGCGGCGGUUGGAAUGGGUGCUUUCAGUGGAUUCGAUACCAACAUGACGACCCUUCCGACAGACUACUCCCAGCCUGUUGCUCAGGGCUUUCAACAGCAGCAGACUUGGCCAAAUGCAGGCUUUGUAUCUACGCCUGAUCUCAUCAACUUCCAGCAACCGACUUCGUACUUGAACUACAACCAACCGAAGGAGGUCAUCUCCGUGCCCACGUCCCAAUACGCCAAUUUCGCACACUACCCUCCUAGACAAAGUCUCCCACCGAAUUUCCUCCAACAGCAUCCCAGCACCCCGACAUCGCGUCGGUAUGUGCCAAAGCUGAUCAACAUAUCAAACUCGAGUCAUCGUGGGCUACAGCAAGAACAACCGCCGCCUCCACCUCCUAAGGAUGACCACCAACAGAACCGAUUUUCGCGGAUGAUCAUGCGACGUCGUCCUAGCAACAUAUCACAGCAUAGUCUUGUGUCGCAGCGGGACAUGGGCGGGACAUGGAACGAUGAACUCAACUGGGGUUAAAUUUCAGCAGUUCUUUCCCCUUUUCGACUUGAAAGCCGGCUGGUUCGGCACCGCACAUUUACGCUCUCCUUUACAGAAACAAAAUAAACCCUCACUGAGAAAGUGACUCCGAACCUCGCCCCGUUUCCCGACGCGAGCUACACGUCACCUCAACGGAGCCAGUAUCUUCCCUUUCUUUCCUUACGUACAAUGAAUGUUUGAGCGGCGAUGGGAAGAUGUUAUACCCAUGAUGCAGCGUUAUGCACGAUUGAUUUUGCAGAGAUGAGUCUCCGUGUAGUUAGUGUUUUGCACCUAAUACCCCCUUUUCGUCACACUGCUACUGAGGUUCAUGGCAUGUUGCAAUGCGAUUGACGUAAUGAUGCUGGACGGCAGGCUUGGGCAAAUACCAUAGAUAGAGUUUAAAUAACUUCAAAUGUUUCUUACUUAAUACGUCUCGA